AAGUCCAAAAGACCUCCCUCUCUGCACACACAGGUUAAACCUGGAGGGAAUCUGGGAGGCCUGGAAGAAGCAGGAACAUGUGCCCGGGCUAAUUUGCUCACAGAGGGAGAAAAGGUUAAAGUAUUGCUGCAGCUGAGCUCUCCUCAGAGCCGCCUCCCUCAGCUUUAGCCCAGUUGGAACAACCCACAACUGUAUAUCAGAUUAGAAAAGGUGUGUUCGAAUUAAUGGGAGUGCUGUGGAGUCCCUCCUCAGCUGCAACGGUGUCUGCGUGUACAUGCAACGUGUAGGAGGAGUGCACUUUCCCUGCUGGAACAAAAGGAUUAUUAAAGCAAUUGUAUAUUGUCUAUCACCCUAGGGAUUAUUUGUCAGAGCAGCUUGGAGAAACUUUUACUCUCUUCCUAUGUAACAGCUGAGCUAAGGGCAGCAUGAAAAAGACAUCGUACACAGGAAUUUCAAGGACCUCCAGUGGGAGACUCCGAAGGCUUGGUGACCCAACAAGUCCAACUCUGAAAAGAUCCUUUGAGGUUGAAGAGGUAGACCAGCCACCAAAUUCUUCCACUCCACAAAGACGGACACCCAACACACUUGUUCGAUCUACAGUAUCCAGCUCCACACAGAAGUUCCAGGAUCUUGGGGCCAGGAAUUCAGAGAGUCCUUCCAGACAUGUGGAGCCUCCUGCACAAAGGUCUCCCAAGUCCUCUCUGAGAAGAGUUGAGCUCUCUGGGCCAAAACAUCCUGAAACAGUGUCCAGAAGAACAGAGAUCUCCAUUGAUAUCUCAUCAAAGCAAGUGGAGAAUUCCACUGCAGGAGCCUCAAGAUUUGGCCUAAAGAGAGGAGAUGUGUUGGGGCACAAGCCUCCAGAGACUGCUCCCAGAAGGACUGAGAUCAGUAUAGGUAAACCUCAGGACCAAGCGCUUCGCAGAAUGGAUGUUCCCACAAAGAUUCCAGAGCCAACACAGCGUAGAGUUGAAGCCAGUAGUCCACCUAUGCCUGAUGUUGCUACCAAACGUGUGGAAAUCCAGGUAACAAAGUCUACAGAGGUCCCAGUACACCCUGCCAAGCAUAUUGAAAAUGCGGAGCCUUUCUCAGCCAACCAGCACCUGCCACCAGAACCAAAAGUACAGGCAGUAGGAGUGACUGAGGCUAUACCCAAAAGUCAAGAAGGUUCAGAGGCCAUUCCAAGCUACCCAAGCAGCAUGAUGGAUGCCACUCGAGAUGCUAGCCUCAAGCAAGCUGCACCAACACGAACAGAUAAACCAGCUGCUGACUUUUCUUAUGUUGGGAUAGAUGCCAUUCUUGAGCAGAUGCGGAGGAAAGCCAUGAAGCAAGGGUUUGAGUUCAACAUUAUGGUAGUCGGUCAGAGUGGCUUGGGAAAAUCCACACUAAUCAACACUCUCUUCAAAUCGAAAAUCAGCCGUAAAUCUGUGCAGCCAAGUACUGAAGAGCGAAUCCCCAAGACAAUUGAAAUAAAGUCCAUCACACAUGAUAUUGAGGAAAAGGGUGUGCGUAUGAAGCUCACAGUCAUUGACACCCCAGGAUUUGGAGACCAUAUCAACAAUGAGAACUGUUGGCAACCCAUUAUGAAGUUCAUCAAUGACCAAUAUGAGAAGUACCUGCAAGAAGAGCUCAAUAUUAACCGGAAGAAGCGGAUACCAGAUAGCAGAGUCCACUGCUGUAUAUACUUCAUCCCUGCCACUGGCCAUUCCCUCCGGCCACUGGACAUUGAAUUCAUGAGACGCCUGAGCAAAGUGGUCAACAUUGUGCCUGUCAUCGCCAAAGCAGACACAUUAACACUGGAGGAGAGGGACUACUUCAAACAGAGGAUCACAGCAGAUCUCCUUGCCAAUGGCAUUGAUGUGUAUCCACAGAAGCAAUUUGAUGAAGAUUCUGAAGACCGACUAAUAAAUGAAAAAUUUAGAGAAAUGAUUCCAUUUGCUGUGGUGGGCAGUGACCAGGAAUACCAGAUUAAUGGCCGACGAAUUUUGGGAAGGAAGACAAAGUGGGGAACAAUAGAAGUUGAGAACACGACACAUUGUGAGUUUGCUUACUUGCGGGAUCUUCUAAUCAGGACACACAUGCAAAACAUCAAGGACAUUACCAGCAGCAUCCAUUUUGAAGCUUACAGAGUCAAACGCUUGAAUGAAAGCAAGAACAUGCUCUCCAAUGGUGUGGCUGACAAGGAGGAGUUGGUGGCAAAUGAAAUGUAACACUCCCUCAUCAAGCUUUGAUCCACAUUUCUCUCUUCCUGCCUUCCCCAUCUUUCUCUCUUCUUAAAAACAAAACAAAAACCAUAUAGCCCCUCUGUUGUCUCUUCUCUCUGCUACUGAAACCUACCAUGAUGACCAAAUAACAGUACUUUCCAUAGGAAAUGUAGCGCUUUGCCCUUUUCCCAGUCUCUGUGGGGGUAAAGUGACCAUUCUGUCCAUUUAGGCUAUUGUAAGAGACCAAUAGGGAGGUAAAGAUGUUGAGGACAGGCUCAGAAGAAGCUUUCCUUAAUUUGAUGUCUAAUGUUAGCUGUGGAAAUGUUAGCUUAGAUCUUCCAUUGUGAUGGACCAGCCAUCCUUUUUUGGAACUCAGUGGAGAAAACUGAUUGAUCAUGGCCUCUCUGCUUUAGGCUCUUGAGGCUGAAACAGUGAACUUGGUUAGAAGGUAGAGAGCAACUUUUCCCCCUUGUGGCAUAUUAGGAACUGAACUAUACUUUCAUGGGACAUUUGCCCUAGUAUGGAAACCUAGUGGGGUUGCCUGAAAAGUCCAUCAUCCUUUCCUGUGUUCUGCCAUGGUUUCAGGCUAGUUCAGCAUGGGGCACAGCUGCACUCAAGGGAAUGCCAUGCAUUCCUCACCCCGUCCAUGCAGCUGGUCAUCCUCUAUCUGCUGGAUUCUCCACUGUAGUAAGGCAGAACCAUAGCAGGGCAAUCCUGGAAGGACAAAGUUAAUUGGGGUAAUGUUGUCCUGUUUAUUUGUACAGGCCUGACAAGGCCCCAAAGAGUGAUAGACAGAAUGUGCCAGCACAUCUUUCCAUAUUCUGUGGAAGGAGACAGUUAAAAGAGGAGCCUGUUUCUGCCUUCUUUAUUUCAGUGGUUCAGACUAUGGGCUUUCCCCCUCUGAGCCUCUUGAUUUAAGUAGUGCCAAAGGUUUACACUGUGGUAAACCAGGGGUGUGGAAAGGGAUUUUUUUGUUGUUUAUUUUUCAGUUUGUGUAUUUCUCUCUCUCUUUUUAUAUCAAACACCAUCCAUUUCAGAUGAAGAUUUUUAUGCCUAGAUAUGGCUCUUAACAUGAGGGUAGAGUGACAGAGGGAUGAAUUAUGAGUGUAUGGCCCUAUUCCACUGAGUACUGUGUACCUCCUACUUCCGCAUGUCUAAUUUCUGUACUCUUUCUUUCAGAAAGCCAGCAAUAAUAGGGAGCCACCUUCCUCACUAGAAGAGGAGGAGGCCUACUGUGGGAUAAGCAUAGCAACUUUUAAUGAGACCAAGAUCCUAUUGGCAAAUGCAGACUUUCUUGGAGGGUAUCCUCCUUCGUUUUCCUUUCCUGCAGGCCUGAAAUCCCAAAUCCUGUUGCCUUCUUAGAAGUUUGUAUGUUUGAUGUAUGUACACUUGAGUCAGACUUUUGUUCAGAUGUCCUACCAGAUGCUUGUUCAGAACAGCUUCUGCAAAGUCAGUGGAGAAAACUUUACAAUUGUUUUGCUAAUCACUGCAUUCAUCUACUUGGAUUAUCUCUGUUUGCAAUUUUGUGUGUAACCCUUCUAACUGUGGUUAAAUAACUGUGCAUGCAGAGACAUGCCGGUACAUGUUGUUCAGCUCCAUAUGAAAAGCCAUACUCUGUAUGAAAAGCUGAGUCUAGGAUUUUGCAUGCAUUUUGCAACAGAACUUUUGGUCAGAGUUACAGAUGUAAGAAGAGCACCAGUUUACACAGUACACUUCUGCUUGUGAUCUCAAUCCCUGUGGAUGAGUUGGGAGUAAAUGAAAGUUGUUUGCCUGUGCUAGCUGACCCUAAUCUUUAGAAGUGCUGUGCCACUUCUGUGGAUUAUUCUGAGGGUUCUUUUAAUAUAGAUUUCAUGCAGAUUCUCCAACCAGUCUUAAUGCAUUGGUAAGAUAACUAUAUUGCAAAUGGAAGGUGGUUUUGUCUUUUCCUUCUGAAAAGACAGAAGUUGCAAAGCUGCCACUUUCCCCCACAACAUUGGAGGGAUUUGUUGAACAUUAUCCUUCUUCAUUAUUCUUCUUGUUUUUAAAAUGGAGACAAUAGAGUUUUGUUUUCUUUGCUGUUAAAGUCAAGUACUCCAGAGAACAUUCACAUGCUCUCCCAUGCCAUAAAAUGGUAGAUUAGCAGACCCUUUUUGUAAAAUGAAAGCUCUGACCAUGCUGCCCUCUUGUGGAACCCUCAAAAACAAAAUAUAAGGAAAAGAGUAAUUCUGGAUCCUGGCUUUCACUGAAGACAGAUGUUAAAAUACCAUCUUGUUUAUAUAGGUGCCAAUGUGCCCCCCUGUAAGUAGGCAAAUGGGGAUGUUUUGCACCUUCACACAUCACAGGAGGAUGCCAGGCAGUAGCCAUUACCUGUUGCAGGUGAUCGUAAUAGGCGGUGAGAAAAGUUGCUUAUUUAAAGCAUGCAACUCCCAGAAUCCUAUAUCACUGGCCAUGAGAUUCUAUGGUCCAAAAACGUAACUUUUCCAAACUCUGGUAUCCAUAACACAAGCAUGCAAAUUGAUUUGUACCUUAGAUUUCAGGUGACCCCAUCUGCUGCAUUCAUAACUCCCUGUGACAAAGGUGCUUUUCUUGUCUUAAUCCAAGUUGUCAGGCAUUUUUUAUUUUGUCUCAUUUCAUCCCUGAUUAAUAGUUCUCCAAAUAUUCUUUGUUCAGAGGUUCUCAUACAUUGUUUGUUGCAAGUAAAUCUGAACUGCCCUUUUUAACUUGUAUUUUUUCGCUCCAAAAAUAAAUAAAAUAAAAUGAAAUAAAAUGGAGGAAACUUUACUGAGCUGUGUUAAGCUGAGGAAAAUUAUUUUUUUUACUUGCUGACUUGCUAUAUUUUAGCAAAAUAAAAAUUGUGUAUUAACUAAAAUAUAUAUAUUUCAAGUGUUUAAAACUAUGAAAUGGGUAACUGAAACAGAGAGUCUUUUUCUCCCCUUGGAUGCAUUUCACCAACAACAAAAAUGCAUCAUGUUGUGUUUGCUAAUAUCUCAUCUAGUGAAAGCAAGGGAAAAUGACUUUCUCUUUUUAUAUUGUACUUUGCAGGGUGAGGGAAGAGGUGUUAUUGAAUAAACCAAAAAAAAGUCAUCCAAAACUACAGAAAUGGCCUUUUUGAGGAUUGUAUGCAUUAUGGCAAAUUUAGUCCUGUUUUGUAUAAAUAAUAGUGUUUAAUAUGUAUUUCCCAAAAAUAAAUGUUUCAAAUGGAAAAUGUGAAAA